UGCCGGGCUCCGCCCAGCUACCACCACCCUACAGCUACAGGUGACAGGUGACAGGAUCCAGAUAUCUGAACUAGGCUGAGUUGGUCAUCAUGGCUUGGAGAAUGAAGAUAAAACUUCCAAAGCUGCAAAUAACUCAAAGGCAAACAGGUUCAGCUGUGAGAAGGUCUGUUACUCCCAGGGGUCUGCCAAAGGCCAAUCAUGAGACUGCCGGAAACAACAGUGAAAACAAGCACUGAUCAUGAAGCCAAUUCCAUCCUGAUUGACACCAGCACUCUUGAUCAGAAUGAAGACGUGGAGAACCAGGGUGCACGAAGUUUGCAUGAGAUAAAACAAAUUGCUAAUGCUGAAUCGUGGGGGAAAAUUAGAGAGCGUCUCUUAAAGGCUGCUGUUGAAAGUUCUAUUCCUCCACCUGGCCAGUCUUGCAGUGUGUGCGCUAACUGUGCACAGUACAGAUGUGUUGAUUGUGGGCCUACAAUAUACUAUUGUGAGGCUUGUCUCGGAGAUUCUCAUUUGAUGCGCAACAUUUUUCACUGUGCUGAAAUCUGGGAGGAUGAAAUGUACAAGCCAGUAACUAUCGAGGGACGGUGUAUUGAUGUCUCUCCUAAUCACCAAUGUUCCACAAAGAAGGCAGUACCUCUUUGCUGUAUUGACACAAAAGGGAUUGAGCACAGAAUCCAGUUUUGGUGUUGUGAAUGUGAGACUGUAUGUGAAACAAUGAUACAAGCUCGUCUAUGGCCAGCAAGCCCAAGAUUCCCAGAAACAGCAUUCACUUUUGAGCUACUAGACUGGGCCGAGUCGCUUCUUCUGGAAUGUCAAGUAGCACUUGGUGACUUUUGCAGGUCAUUAUACUUUAAUUGCCCACAUUUAGUGAACAAGAAUGACGGAAGCCUUUUCAUUUCAAUGGAUGCUUUGUUUGGUCUACCCCAAAAAAAGUCUGCUGGGAAGAGCCACAGGCCUCCACUUUAUGACUCUCUAUUUUUUAAAGAUCAAAGCAGUGUUGAUGAGUAUGUGUCAAAUUCUUCCGAGAUUAGGGAACUACACAGAACUUGUAAUGAUUUCCUUGCUGGAAGUGCAUUGAGAUCUGCAAAUAUAUACUGUGCCCUCGAUGAGACAGCUGUGUUUGGAUCUGCCUGUAGACAUGAAUUUCCCCUCAUGUUUAUCAAUUUGAAGCAUGGUGAAAGGUAA